AUGUCCGAGAAAUACACAAUGAAGCAAACUGGCAGCGGAGGCAUGUCUGGAAGUGUCCAGACACCAGCCAACGCCCACCUAGGCCAGGACAAGCCCAAGGUCUUUGAUGCCGAUGGCGCAGUUGGCAAGCAGUUCACUGAGGACGGCGCGAUCGGAGGCACGGCACAGAAAAUUGGUGGUCCGCUCGACAAGGAGGGUGCUAUCGGCAAGCAAUUCACCACAGAGGGAAGCAUAGGCGGUGCCGUACAGGAUAAACUGGGCGGCACAGCAAGCAGGAGUAACUGA